AUGGAGUGGGCACUGUUGAGAGCAGAGCACGCGAGCGCAGCCACUGUCGCAAGCAUACAGCCUGGCAUUAGCCUCGGGUGUGGCAUUGCGGCGCUGGCAUGCCGCUUUGAUGACGAGCGAAAUUACGACGUGCCGGGGGCCAGCCUAAGAAAGCAGCCAGUAUGUGCCAUGGAGCCGCACGGUAAUUACGAGCUGGCAGGUCCUGGGAUCCUCUUACCGCGCUGCUCCGCGAGCACGCCAUGCCGCCGGCGGGUAUUGAGAGAAGGAGAAGGCGCAGUAUGCAUCAGCCACGUCAUAUUGAUGGUUGAUAAGGGGUGUAGGGCGGCCCAUCUGCAGACCAGGGCGGGCGACGAGCGUCAAGAUGGGCUGGAAAUUAGAUGGGGUGGCCAAUCAGGGGCCGCGGGUACCUGGCGCUAG